AUGUGCAAAGGUGCAGAAGGAGCGAAGAAACUCGGUUUCUGCAGCAGCUUCCUACAUACAGAGAUAGCAACGAUAAGUGCUAAAUGUUGCGAGCUAUGUGGGUUACAGGCUUCAUUGUUUUGCCAAGCUGAUGAUGCAUACUUAUGUAGAAAAUGUGAUAAAAGGGUUCAUGGAGCUAAUUUUUUGGCCCUCAGGCACAUUAGGUGCUUUCUUUGCAACACUUGUCAGAACCUUACGCGAAGAUAUCUCAUUGCAGAAACACUAGAGGUGGUUCUUCCAGCCAACGUAAACUGGGCCAUAGGAAAUCUUCCUAACAAUAGAGGAACCAACACAAAGUGUUCAAGAAUGCGUAACAAACCUUUCCUCUUGUUUUAG